AUGGCUGAGCCCGGAGGUUUUGGACCCGAGAUUCAGACGUCAUUGCUCUUUGAAUUAGAAGAGGUCGGCAAAAGGCUGCUAAAGGACACUGGAGUCUUUUACAGAGGGAUAGCAGAUCCGUUGAUUGCCAUGGAAGUGACAGUUACCAUGUACACCUCAGUAUCACCUGUCAAGUUAGACGUCUCCCAGCAACUCGACGGAUACUCACUCACUGUGCCAUCUCUCAUCGGCCCAUUCUUUCGUCCCACAGUGCAACAUACCAUGCCUGUCAAACUACGAGUCCCCCCAGAGCCUGCCGACGUGGAACAGCGAGAGUAG